UCCACAGCGCCCCCGCCAUGGCACGGGCUCGCCUGUUCCUGCUCUUCUCCGGGCGGGCGGAGCCCGCGGACUUCGCGCGGAGCGUGUGUGACCGCCUGGGCUUGGGGCCCGGCCCGGGGCCCUGGUGGGUCUACUGUGGUCUGGAGCCGGGGCGGCUCCUGCUCUCGGAGCUCCCCUUCCCUGGCGCCACGACACAGCUCCCAUUGCAGCGCCCCCCGUUCUGCCCCUUCGCGGCCCUAGAGCAGCAGCCCCCUGGAACUUCGGGGCUGAAGCUGCCACGGGACCGCGAAGUGGACGUUGGAGUGAGUGUCGUCUUACAGUCCAGUGACCAGAGCGUACUCUUGACCCGAAGGGCCUCAAGCCUGCACACGUCCCCCAAUCUCUGGGUCCCUCCAGGUGGACACGUGGAACUGGAUGAGGAGCUUUUCGACGGGGGCCUCCGGGAGCUGAGAGAGGAGACCGGCCUGCAGCUGCCCCAAGGCCAGCACUCCCGCUUCUUUCUGGGACUGUGGGAGUCUGCCUAUCCCUCCCGACUGAGCCAGGGCCUCCCCAGAUAUCAUCACAUCGUUCUCUAUGUUUUGGUGGCAUCCCAGGAAACGGAGCAGCAGCUCCAGAAACGGAUCCGUCCAAACCAGGAUGAGGUCAGUGCCUAUGCCUGGCUGAAGCCGGACUUGGUGGCCGCUGUGGCAGCCUCAGAGGAGGCCCCAGAGACAGGGGAUCCUGUCUCGGAGUCUCUGCCCCCCUUUAUUCAGGCUGUGGAGCUUCAGGGGGACACAGCCCGAACCGUGGACCUGCCUACGUCCAUCCUGCUCCAGAAGACUCUGGCUACCGAGCAGAAUGAGGAGAGGGUCAGUACCGGAACCAAAUUUGCCCUCAGCCUAUGGCUGCAGCAUCUGAAGAGAACCACCAGAGGAGGUGAAGGAGGAAGUGAAGGCUUCACUUUUCAAAUACAGAAGUCAAGAGAGCUGAGUAGAUGAGCCACUCUGCAUUUCCCUAUGGACGUACAUAGGAUUCACAACCUUUAUUGUCGGUGAGAACAUUGCUACAACUUUGGAAAUAGGAAAUUAAAUUAAAACAAAGGUCAUAAAAGAGGGAAGGGGAAAUUGGGGGGGAGGACUAAAUGUCCACCCCCAAAGGUGCAGAAUGAGUUCCGUGGCCAUAACUCUGAAGACUAUGGAUCCCACUGGAAACUCAGACCCCAGGAUAGGGAAGCCUUGGGGAAGUGUCGUCAACUUAAAUAUAUACUUAUAUAUAUAAAUAGAGAACCAGGCAACAGGAAACAGGACAAAACCCUACCUCCCCUCCCAUCCCAAACCUUAGAGAAGCAGAGGAGGGAGAUCGCCUCAUCUCAUCCUCAGUCAGACUGGGAAAGGAGUAGGGGUCAUCUUUGGAGUUUUUUGGUUUUUCUCAUUUAUGUACAAAAAGCUGCAACUGAAAAUAGAGACUUCAGGCCGUGUC